AGAGAAUCUCAAGUCUCAACUGACCAAAACCUACAGUCUUUCCAUAUCUCACUCUCUCUUCUUCACUCACUUUCCCUCUUCUCUCUCUCACGUUUUCCGGCGGAUAAACCGGCCAAUCCGGCCACACAAAGCUCAAUUUCUACAAAAUAUGAUUCGAAGAGAAUGACGAGCUCGAUUUCGCCAUGUCACUGUCGUCGUGCUCAGACUGCUUCUCCGACCUCCUCUGCGGCGAGGCCUCCAGUAGUAUUAUCUCCUCUUUCUCGCCGGAAUACUCAUCGAACUUCGAUUCUCAGCCGGCGGAGUCCAUCUCCGGGAUGUUGGAAGACGAGAGAGAUGUAGCCGGAAUCAGUAGCUGCCGCGCCGUCGAUCAGCCGAUCGAUGCGUCGGUUAGAGCUGAAUUUGUUGCAUGGAUUCUCAAGGUGCAACGAUAUUACGGGUUUCAGCCGUUAACGGCGUAUCUCUCCGUCAACUAUUUUGAUCGUUUCGUUUGCUGCCAUCAGCUACCGAAAAUGAGUGGAUGGCCGCUGCAACUACUCUCUGUUGCAUGUUUGUCUUUAGCUGCAAAGAUGGAGGAACGACUUGUUCCUUGUCUAUUGGAUCUUCAGGUUGAAGACCCAAAAUUUAGUUUUGAAGCAAGAACUAUUCAAAGAAUGGAACUUCUAGUUUUAAGUGUGUUGGAUUGGAGACUUCGAUCUAUUUCCCCAUUUUGUUAUCUCCCAUUUUUCGCGCUCAAGAUUGACCCCUCUGGAACUUACACCGACUUCCUCACUACAAGGGCCAAAGAAAUCAUCUUCUCUACAUUUGAAGAGACCAGCUUCCUUGGGUGUAGGCCAUCUUGCAUUGCUGCUGCAGCAAUACUGUGUGCAGCAAAUGAUUUGCCAAAAUUCUCACUCAUCACUGCUCAACAUGCUGAGUCAUGGUGUGAUGGACUCCACAAAGAUGAAAUAACGAGUUGUCAGCAGCUGAUUCGGCAAGACGUUUUCAAAAUAAGGCCAAAGAAGCAGCCAAAGGUAUUCCCAGACCUUCGAGUCACAAACAGAGCAAGUAUAGGCAGCACCAGUUCAUUACUGUCUUCUCCAUCUCCAUCUUAUAAGAGAAAGAGUGAUGGGGUAGAUGAAAAUGAAGAGACUUUGAUUAAGAGGGUUAAAUAUGAAGACUUGCAUAAUUAAAUAGUUUAAUAGAAAUAAUUCGUCUAGAAACCUCAAUGGGGCCGGGUAUUUUUUUCUCAGAAAGUCUGAAGAGUGCAUAGAUUAGCAUUAAUGUGUACAAAGAAAAAGAUGUCUUGUGAGAUUUAAUUCUAACCCCUUCUUGGUCGGGGGGUGGUAAUAGUCAAUCAUUUGUGUUCACAACUACACAAGAAUGAUUAGCGAUGGGAAUUUAAUUAAAAUUAAUUAGCCGCAUAAUAUAUGUGAGUGAGUGAGCAAGAUGAUUGGAAGGUGUUUGAGCUUAUGAAACUGUUUUAGUAGUACUUUGGUGGAGUGGGAGUGAUGGGGUAUGAAUGAAUUGAAUGCAAUUGAAAGAGAGAUUGGUGGGACCAAAAAUGGGUGUGAGGAAUCAAUGGAGAUGCCAGAAAUUUGAAGGAUGCUGCAACUCCUUUAAUUGAAGAAUUUUAUGUACUCUUUUUAUUUUUCCAUAUUUUUGUGAGUGUCCACGUGUGAAUGUUUUGGCGGGAACAAAGUCCUCACGGACUGGCGCGGGGUGUCAUAUUUGGAUUUCUCUUUUUCUAUUUAUUUUUGUUUCAGACGACAGCGACGUGUCAUUGUAUGAAAUGAAUAUGCGUAUAGGUUUUGUUUAUGAAUUUUUAAUAAGAUUGGGAUGAGUCUGUUUGAGACCCCAUAUUCGCGGGACUGCAA